AUGCCUUUUGUUGAUGUAAAACUUGUAGUUAGUUCAUUCUCUCCAAAUUUUUCUUAUGGAGUGGAUGCGGAUGGUACUAAGGGGGGUCUAGCGGUUUUUAGUUGGUAUCAAGGGGUUGUUACUUGUGUUUUGGCUACUCCGAACUACAUUUUGUGUAACCUUGAUGAUGGUAAUGGAAGUAAUAGAAAUGUGAUGUUUGUUUAUGGAGAGCCUAAAGUAGAAGAUAGAACUAGAGUGUGGGAUGAACUCACUACUCUCCUUUUGAUAACUCCUAAUUGUCUUUUGAUUGGUGACUUUAACCAAGUCGAAUGCUUACAAGACAAACUAGGAGGCUCUUUAGUAAUAAAGGGUUUGGAUGCUUUCAUUGAUUGGCGGCUUGACAAUGGGGUACUCGAAGUUCCUUUUUCGGGGCCUCGGUUUACUUGGACUAAUAAGCGCUUGGAUAAUGGUCUCAUCUUAGAACGGCUUGAUAAGGCUUUUUGUACGGAUCAAUGGUUUGCGGAUUUUCCGGAAGGAAGAAUUUUUCAUGAGCCAAUAGUAGUUUCGGAUCAUGCAGUCAUUAUUUAUGAUUCGAAUCCUUCUAUGCCUCGGUCCAAUCGUCCUUAUCAGAUUGAAAGGUGGUGUCUACGAUAUAAUUCUAUCGAAGGGAUGACUAAUGAUAUUUGGGAUAUCACCAUGAAUGGAUUUAGCAUGUUUGUUUUAGCCAAACAUCUUAAUUUAUUCAGGAACCGUGCUCAAAAAUGGUGCUUGGAUAAUAGGACUUUUUGGGGUGUCAAUUGGCGGUCCAUCACAAAUGAUUUAAGUAACCAAGGCAAUGCAAUUGUGACGAUCAAGGAAGGUGAAGAGUAUGUAAAAGGGGUAAAUGACAUUAUCCCUAAGUGUAGGUUGGACUUUCAUCACUGGCAGCAACGACUGAAGGAUAAAUGGGUUAGAGAGGGUGAUUUUUCUUCUACGACCUUAUUUAACAGGGUUAAGCAACGACAAAAACGGAAGGAAAUCCUAUCCCUCAAAAAUGAUGAUGGUGAGUGGGUUAGUGGCCAUGAUGAUAUUGCCGAUUUAAUCCAAGGUUCGUUGAAAAAAGUCUUCAUUCCGAGCCUUUGGACUGGUAAUCAGCUGGAGGAUGAUAUUGACCUUUUAUUCCACGAAAUGGCUUUCCCUCAAUUGGAUGAAUCAGAAGCGUUGGCGUUGGUUAGACCUUUUAGUGGCUAA